AUGUCUCAAACAGCUACUGCCACUGCUGCCGCUGGCACUGCUGAGAAGCUGUCACUCCCAGCAAUGACUGCCGAAGAAGCAUUUAUGGCUCCUCUACCAGAGCUACACCUUCAACCUCUAUGGACUCAGAUGAGCAAGAUGGUUCCACCCAACCCAAAUCCAACAUCAGUUCCAAUGAAAUGGGCAUACAAGAAGUGCAAACCUCUGCUCAUGGAAGCUGGAGAAAUUGUUGGCGCAGAAGAAGCUGAACGCCGGGUUCUCAUGCUCGUCAAUCCAACGCUGGAUGCACCAUACACCACAGACACCAUCUAUGGUGGUCUGCAGCUGAUCCUCCCAAAUGAAAUUGCACCUGCACAUCGCCAUAUAGCCUUUGCCAUGCGUUUCAUUAUCGAGGGCUCGAAAGGCUUCACUGCCGUAGAAGGCGAAAAGAUGUUCAUGGAGCGCGGGGAUGUUAUCUUGACCCCAUCCUGGCACUGGCACGACCAUGGAAAUGAAGGCACAGAGCCAGUGAUCUGGCUAGACGGCUUGAACCUCCCGCUAUUCAGACAUAUCCCAGUUAAUUUCGCCGAGAUGUAUAGCGAGAGCAGAUACCCAAGCACAUACUCCGAAUCAUACAAAUGGCGCCAUCCUUGGAAAGAGGCACAAGAUGGCUUCGAUUCUCAGACAGGACCUCACCGCGUACAUCAUUACAACAGUGACGGAGCCCCUUUGUCGACCACUCUCGGUGCGCAAGCUGAAAUGAUCGAAGCUGGUCAUCAAACAUCUGAAACGCAGGAGUCAAUAUCAUUCAUGUAUCAUGUCUAUGAAGGCGUAGGACAAACAACCAUUGUCAGCCCAGGAGGGGUUACCGAAGUCAUCGAGUGGGAAGCGAACGACACAUUCAGUGUGCCUGCAUGGUCGAAGAUAGCCCAUCUGAAUAAGAGCGACGAGAAUCCGGCGUUUCUGUUUGCAGUACAUGAUAGACCAUUGUUAGAUAAUUUGGGAUUGUAUACGAAGGCUGGCCAAGAGAGGAAGCUGUGA